UUGACUGUACAAAGAGAGCAUUGUGUGCAGGCCAUGUCGCGCCCACGGAGAGGCCGGCGACGAGUCCAGCGACCCCUCACCUGUGCACGGUUGGAGGCAAGCCCGCGGGGUGUCGCUUGUCGCCUCGACGACGCUCCUGGCUACUGCUACACAUGCAUCCAACUGGACAUCGAGGUGGACCAGUCUGACUUCGUCUGGAGGGACUUCGACCUGGGUGCCGCGCCGCAUCGUACCUGGCUGACAUACCCGUCCCCGCCGACGGCUGACACCUGGUUCACGUUGCUGGAGGACACACGCCCCGUGUCACUUAUCCUUGCACACGCAGAUCUAGUCCUCCCUGAAGGACUGUGGGUUCAUUCAUGCUACAAGAAUGACUAUAUUCUUGACAGAGGACUGCUUUUGCAGGUGCACACAUAUGAGAUACAUCGUUCCUUUUGUGUGGCCUCAACGUAUGGACAUGGACGUAAACAUGCGUAUAUUAUUUCUCGCCAUAUACGGCAAGCCGCCAUGCGACAGUACUGUACUCUAUUCUUUUGUGGGUAUAAACUUUGGACGUCUCAUACCAAAGAUGUGCAACAAGGACUACAGGAUAUGCAAGAACCACCCAUGUUCAUGCACUCAUGGACAGGAGGUGAUUCGGAUGCGGUUGUUCCUGUAACUCGAGACUAUCACGCUUAUCGCAACAGAAACAUUUGGGGUUCCCUACGCGCAGGCCGUCACAUUUGGGCCCCCUUGCCACGGUGGAUUCGAACCAUGCAUCGCAAUCAUUAUUGGUGGUGGUCAUGA